AAUGAAUAAAAUCCCCAAAAAGUCUCUCGAUGGAAUCUGCAGAGCCUGUUUCGGAGCAGAAAAGGAACUCCUCCCCAUCUGUGAUAUGACCCAUAGAGGAGUUCCAUAUUUGAAAAUCUACGAAGAAUGCAUUGGUCAGAUUCUAGAAGAAUACACAAACUACCCUCUUCUUAUGUGCCGUCUAUGCCAGGAAGAUCUGCUGAAGGUAUACGAAUUCCGGAAAAUCUGCCUCGAAACGGAAGAGAAAAUCAAAGUCUUGCAAGCAGACCGUCAAAGCUCUGAAGAUCCCCUUCUUGUGGAAAUUGUGGAAGUAAAGCAAGAGCUAGAAGAACUUGAUGGGACAGAAUUUCAAAAUGAGGAAGAUGUGAAAGAGGAAGAAGUGGAAGAACGUCCAAUUCAAACCAGAAGGUAUCAAACAAGGGCUUCCAAAACUAACAAGAUUGAUCAAGCGCCGAAAUAUUGCUGUGAGAUAUGCAAGAAGCUGUAUCCCAAUAGGAACUCCGUGAAUGCCCACCGAUGGCAUGCUCAUAAACAGAGACCACCAGUGAUGCCGUGUAAGCGCUGCGGGGGAACUUUCAAGAAUCGCGAGGAGAAGAAUGGCCAUAAUUGCAUAAGAAAGUGCAAUCACUGCAACAAGAAUAUCCGUGGAAAGCAUUUUGCCAUGCAUUUGAUGCGACAUACCAACACCCAAAAGAACUUUACGUGUAAACUCUGCUCUAAGAGCUACAACACUCCAGCCGAUCUGGCCAAGCACAAACUCUCCAGUCACAAAAACACAAAUACGACGCUGUGCAUGGUUUGCGGGAAGAUGGUGCGGGAGAAGCAUCUGCACAUGCAUCUCAAGACUCAUGAGCCCAAACUGGAACCCAAACGUACCUACCCCUGCAGUGAAUGCAGCAAAAUCUACAGUCAAUCAGCGAGUCUUCGAAGUCACAUGGACUCUGUUCAUUUGGGCAUUGAUGUGCACAAGUUGCAGUGCCCGCACUGUGAGAUGCGCUUCAAGGGUCAUUCCAAUCGAACGGCACAUAUCUACAAAUUCCACCUCAAGAAGCCCCUCUUCACCUGCAUGCACUGCCAGAAGGACUUUUACCACAAAUCCCACUACAUCACCCACACAAAGGUGCAUCAUUCCUUUGAGAAGCUCUUCCACUGCAAGAUAUGUGGGAAGGCAUUCGCCUUGGAUACACGGCGAAAGGUUCACGAGGCUCUCCACUCAGAGGAGCGUCCCUACACCUGUGCCAACUGUUCGAAAUCCUUCAAAAUGAAAAAUCACCUCAUUCGCCACAUGCGGGGGCAUACUGGUGAGAAGAUCUUCACAUGUCCGCACUGCAGCAAUCUCUUCUACUCCAUCCGAAGUGUUCGAGGACAUGUAAAACGUGACCAUCCGGACAAAAGUGUGCCUCCACCUGGGACAAUCCUAUCAAUCUUUAAACUGGAGAAGAUGGCAAAACAGCAAAAGUUCGAAGAGACUUUGCGCAGUAUUCCAGUUGAUCCUCUACUUCUACCCACAAGUAUUAAAGUGAAGCUACAGAGCAAUGAAGAAGCGUUAAAUCUACCCCUCGAGAAUGCCUAGCUGGACGAGUUCUUGAGUUUUAAUGGAUUCACUGUAUUCAAAGAAAUAAAUACGAUCAAUAUAUUAAUUCCUACUUGA